GCGUAUGCUCCCUGUUUGACUUAAACAACGUCUAUUUUUAAGCAUGAAACACGUUAAAAACACGUUAAAUUACGGUAAAAUUUAAAAAUAUAUAUUAUUUACUGUCAAGUGAGUUGGUUUCGUGACACCGCUCUCUGUCACAGAGGGGGCUGGACCGGGACCCGAAGAGAGAGGAGUGACUUUCUUUCAAAAAUAGUAACGCUACACUUCAUCACAGCAGCAACCGGUACAGCAGCACCAGCGGGCGGGUAUGGAGGGUGUGAAACAUGGCUCACUACGGAAAUAAAUAACGGGACCGGGACUAUAUUAUAUGAUUGAAACCAGAAAAAGAGGAGGCGACAAAACACGGUGAAAAGAGGAACCGGACGAGAGAGUAAAGCUAAAAGUCAGUGCCACACGUUUCAGUGUUGAUGUUGGUAUUUGGCCACGAAUACCUGCCGAAAAUAGUCCCCGACGUUUGCACAGGGUGUGCUGCUCAAGGCUGCUCGUGGCGUCCAUCAAAAAUAGAACAUUCGUGUAUUCUGGGCAGAGCAGAGCAGAGACCCGCCUCUGGGACGCUUCUGAACCAGACCGUGGGAUUUCCAGACGUCCUUUAUUGAGGCUCCUCUGUCCUGUGUGACCCCCUGACACAGAGAGGAUGGUGAUGGAGGAGGGGGGGCAGAGAGACAGAGGGAGGGGGACUCCAGCGACAGCAGGACCAGAGGGGAGACAGAUCUUUGUGGAGCUUGCGGAGCAGAACUUUGAUGCCAUUUGUCUCUCUACAUAUCGAACAGCGUGCAAGCUCAGAUUCAUACAGAAGAGAUGCAACUUGCAUCUGAUCGACAUUUACAAUGUGAUUGAGGCGGUGCGGGAUGCUGGUCUGAACGCUGUGGAGUUAAAUGCCGGUAUCUCCGUGACCAGACUGGAGAACUUGGUGUCCUCCCUGUUCAACCAGCUCAGCAAGCGCCUGCCCACCACACACACCAUCAACCCUCGAGAGAGCACCGCCCUGUUAGUCGAAUUCUUACUGGCCGCCGUUGACAGUGAGCCAGACAGCCGUCUGACGGUGCUCUCCGUGAAAGCGAUGCUGGCCAUGCUGUGUGGAGGGAAACUGAUAGAUAAACUCCGCUAUGUGUUUUCUCAGGUGUCUGACUCCAGCGGUGUGUUGCUUCAGUCCAAGUUUGAUGCUUUUCUGAGGGAGGCUCUCAAGCUGCCCACCACUGUGCACGAAGGACCGUCCUUUGGCUACACAAACAACAUUGCACGCUCAUGCUUCCCACAACAGAAGAGGGUGAUGCUCAACAUGUUCCUGGAUAUCACAGCUGACCCUCCUCAGUGUCUUGUCUGGCUGCCUCUCAUGCACCGCCUAGCCAACGUGGAGCAUGUCUAUCAUCCCGUCACAUGCUCCUACUGUCGUGGCAAUGGCAUGACAGGCUUCCGCUAUCGCUGCCUCCGUUGCCGCGGUUACCAGCUCUGCCAGAACUGCUUCUGGCGUGGCAACGCCAGCGGCUCUCAUAGCAACCAGCAUCAGAUGAAGGAGCACUCGUCCUGGAAGUCGCCGGCGAUGAAACUUGGUCGAGCCCUGAGCAGGACUCUGGGCUGUGUGUCGUCCAGAGAGCCCCCUCAUCCCAUUUACCCAGAAGAACCUGAGAGGACCCUCAACCUCUCCAACAUCGUCCCCGCUCGCUCGAUCAGGAACAGCAGUGAGGCCAUGUUGCUGUCCUCAUCAGCGCCCGAGUCCUCCAAGAGUUUGGCAGCCGCUCGGCGCAUGAACGAGGAACACGCUCUGAUUGCUGCGUAUGUGAAUCGCCUCCAGAGCAGUCCAUGUCCCAACAGGCAAGAUGAGGAGCACAAACUGAUCGCCCGCUACACCUCCAGACUGGCAGAGACCGACGGCACAUCAGUGAUACCUAACCGGAGCAUCAACUUUGAUGUGAACAAACAGAAGCGGGAGCUCAUCGCUCAGCUGGAGUGCAAAAACAGAGAGAUCUUGGCAGAGAUCAAACGUCUCCGUGUGGAGCAUGACGCGGCGUGCCAGGCCAGCCCGGAGAAGGGCAGCACCAACCCAACUCUGCUGGCUGAGCUUCGUCUGCUCAGACAAAGGAAAGAUGAGCUGGAGCAGAGGAUGUCGUCCCUGCAGGAGAGCAGGAGGGAGCUGAUGGUACAGCUGGAGGGACUGAUGAAGCUGCUCAAGGAUGAGGAACAGCGACAGGCAGCCCAGGCGGCUGGCUCUUCUCACGCCUCUCCUUCCCGGCCGAGUCCUUCAACAGUCCGCUCUGUCGGCGCCGCGUCUCCCCAGGCUCACAUGUAUCCUCCUCAGGAUUCACUCGCCGGGGUGGGUGGUGACGUACAAGAAGCAUUCGCCCAAGGCCCGAGGAGGAACCUGAGGAACGACCUCCUGGUAGCAGCCGACUCCAUCACCAACACCGUGUCCUCACUGGUCAAAGAGCUUCACUCUGACGAUGUUCGGGAGGAAGAGGAGAGGUUGCUGAACGGGAAGGACAGAGACAGACAGACAGAGACAGGAGGCCGCGGUUCAGCCCCAACACAGUUAAAACGACCGCAGGACAAAUUAAAACAGCAGAGUGAUGCUUCAUCGCGUCCAAAGAAGACCGACCCUGCUGGGAUUUCAAAUAUAUCUUCUCAUAUUCAUCGUUAGCUAUUGGGGAUUAGAGCUCCACUGCCAAUCAACCAAUCACGAUGCUGGACACCAAAUGACCGCUGGGUCCCUACUGAUGUAUAGCUGUGAUUCUGUGUGUCUUGUCACUGUGGUUUUACUUUUUUUGUUUUGAUUUGAUCAUGCGUAGCUAAAACGAGGAAUCUGAAACCUACUGAUUUGUACUGUAGCCUGUGUGCGUUUGUGUGUGUGCGCUCUGCAUUUUGGAGGCGCGAGAGGGACGAGUAAGUGAGAAGGACACGCGAAGAGACAGAUAAAGGUGUGUUAAGGACAUUUGUGAAGGACAGGAAAAGUUUCAGGAUGUAAAAACAGGAGGAGAAACAAAAGAAAGUUUAAAAAAAGAUGAGAAGUGAGUUGUAACGUUUAAAGUUUCGGCACUGUGUGCUCAGUAUUUAUUGCUUUGAUUUGAUUUUUUGACAUUUAUUCAAUUCAGUUUGAGCGUUCAUGCGUACAUGAGUGUGGUCAGGCCCUGCUGAGACGAUAAGCUUUAACGGGACGUUUCCUGCUGUAUCAAACCCAGCCUUUCCUCCCUCUACCCCUCCCCAUCCGUUUGGCUGUGGCGAUGCAGAAAGUUGAAGUCCUGGUCCUGGUCCAGGUGUCCCUGAAACUGGACCAGAUUAGUACCAUAGGUGCUGGUAUGAUAGCAGCUCAGGUUGUCCAGGCCUCUCUGUGUAUCUCGGUACUGCAUAGGGACUCGAAUCAAAGAGGAGAUAUCUGAUUACUGUGUGUGUAUGUGUGAGAGUGUGUGUAAGAGAGAGAGAGAAUAUAAAACCAUUCGCUUCAACAGGGUCAGUGUAACAGAGUGGCAAAGUGGGUGGAGGAGUAGGCUGUGGUGGUAUGUAUCCCCGUUAUAAAAGGAUUCUUUAGAAGUUCAGUUCACCCACAUUAUAAAUCUGAGGAGACGCAUGAUUCUGAUGAUGAUAAUAAUACAAACAAUACAAUACAGAGCCGGUCUAGACUGUACUCCCCACCAUGAGCAAACACCUCCUUUAACAGGCAUAUAGCAGCAUGACUAAGGCAUGUUUGAGGAGUCACCUGAGCCAGCACUAACUAUAAUCAACUCUAUCAAUGCCGAGCAGCUUUUCUUCACGGCUCAUGUUUUACGGUUUAGGUGAACUUCUCCUUUUUAAUGAUGCUCCUCGAUAUGGACACAUCAGAAUAUGAAUAUAUAUAUUUUUACAUUUAAUUUUUAAGCUUUGUCUCAUGAAUAAUUUAAUUCAAACAUCAUGUUGGGAUGUUUUUCAUAUUUUCUCUGAAUACUACAAUACCCAUGAACCCUCUGCGGCUACUGCUGUGGAUAAAAAGGCAGCCAGUGCCACGAAGCACAGCUGUAGAAAAUCUAAAAUAUUUUAUUGUGAAAUAAAGAUUUCAAAACAAAGAAGCGCUGUUGCUGAACUCAUCCAACAGGAAGUUUUAAGGAAUUUUAAGCUCUGUGAUUGGAGGUUAUCUUACUGCAGGGCUCCUUGGGAGGUGUAGUUCCUCCCUAAACAUGUAUCUUUUGAACUUUGGAUUCAACUGCUUGUUACUGAACAUUAUCUAUGCAAAAAGUGAACAUGACUUUUAUUUUUUUAAACACUGCCUGCCCACAACAACUCCUCACACUUUGCUACUUGUUGUUGCCUUUCAAGCUUCCUGCGAAACGCAGUGGAUUCUGGGUGUUUAAACAUCUCUGUAGAUGUCGAAUUACACCUAGCACCCCAUAAAAUCUUCAGACUGAUAUAUGUAUGCAAAUAAGAUAUAAGCCAAAGCGACUUACUGAGCUUGUGUCUGGUCAUUUAUUUUCAUGUAACAGAGAAUUUUAUCAAGAAUGUGUUUUUUUUUUUUUUUUUUUUUGUAGCAUUUCAGGGUGUUCGCUCAUAGGAAGCUGCAUUUUACUGUUGUACAUUGUUUUGUCUCAGACUUCACCAGCCCUCCACAUUUAUUGACUGACUGACUGCGGCUGAGAUGAUCACAUUUUCAGCCCGCUGAGUGAUUGACUGUACGAGUGGUUUAAUAGAUGAAUGAGUUUCAGUGUGUGUGUGGUAAAGAGAGAGCGAGAGAGAAAUCAAGACUGACAGGACAGACGUGUUCUGGCAUGAAACUGUAAAAAAAACAAACCUUCAGCUCUGAACCUGCCGGAGCUGACGGCGUGAGUGAAAAGUGUUGAUCUGUGUUACAUCUUCAAUAAAUAAUAUGUAACGUCAAA